AUGUGCUGUGGCAUCUACAAUUUGGCAAUGUUCGAUCACACAGUCUUGAAAGCCUUCAGCCCCUAUUUCGCCGGAUCAUAUCUUAUGCGAAAUAAGGAAGAAGGUUGGAGGGCCCUAGGAGGACUCCUGCUGGCUUUCACUGGAGUCGAAGCUCUGUUUGCCGACUUGGGUGCUUUCAGCAAGAGAGCUAUCCAGCUGUCUUGGCUAUGCUUUGUCUUCCCUUGUUUACUUCUUGCGUAUAUUGGACAGGCUGCAUAUAUUUCACAAGAUGCAACGGGAGAAGCAUACUCCAACCCCUUCUUCAACACAGUUCCACCUGGAUCAUUCUACUUCAGUUUAGUCAUUGCUGUACUUGCAGCUAUCGUGGCUUCGCAGGCGAUGAUCACUGGGUGUUUUCAACUCCUGGCUCAAGUCAUGAGGAUGUCAUACUUCCCUCAUAUUAAGACUGUCCAUACUUCCAAGCUGUUCCACGGUCAGAUUUACAUGCCACUUGCGAAUUGGCUGCUCAUGAUUGGAACUGUCGUUGUUACUGCUGUUUAUAGCAAUACCACGAGGCUCGGGAAUGCAUACGGCGUGUGCGUUAUAUUUGUCACCUUCAUAACAACGUGCCUCGUUUCCUUGGUUGCUAUUAUAAUCUGGCGCCUCAACUUCCUAAUCGUUAUAUUCUUUUUCCUGGUAUUCGCUUGCUUGGAUGGUGUAUAUCUCUCAUCCGCCCUCACCAAAGUCCCAACUGGUGCUUGGUUCACGAUCCUGCUCUCCGCCAUCCUGUCUUUCAUCUUCGUGCUAUGGAGAUUUGGAAAAGAAAACCAAUGGGCCUCUGAACGCGAAGACCGUUUCCAGCCCGAUCACCUACUGACUACCUCUUCCACCGGAGAGGCCAAGCUCACACAAAGCUUUGGCGGCAUGCCCAUAUCGAAAGUCAACGGCGUCGGCAUCUUCUUCGAUAAAAUCGGCGACAUGGUACCCAUCGUCUUCACACAAUUUGUGCGGAAGUUCAGCGCCAGGCCAGAAAUCAUUAUCUUUUUCCACAUGAGACCCCUCUCUACCCCUUCCAUACCGGAAGCAGAACGAUACGUGAUCCAACGAACCUCCAUCCCCGGCUGCUACCGUAUGACCGUCCGCCACGGCUACACGGACGACGUCCUGACGCCCGAUCUGGGACGCUUGGUCGUUGAACACCUCAUCCUGUACAUUACGCGCGACCAUACAUCGACUGACAGCGCCAGUUCGGUAGAGCAUUCGCCUGAAGUCCAGGCAGAGCUAGAGGUCGUGAGCAAGGCAGCGGAGGCGCAGAUGGUCUAUGUCAUGGGCAAAGAGCAGAUGACAAUUAAAAAGGGAACGAAUAUAUUCAGAAGGCUGUUACUCAUGCUGUUUUUAUGGAUACGGGAGAAUAGCAGGACCAAGAUGGCUGACAUGAACAUCCCAUUUGAUAAUUUGGUCGAGGUUGGAUUUGUAAAGGAGAUUUGA